AUGGGAUUGCCUAAAUUGACUAUCACUGGUUAUCUUUCCUUAUUAGCUAUCUUCUUCUUCGUAGCGUCAGUCUUCGCUACCGCUGCUCCAGAAGAAGAAAAGCGUGUCGCCGAACCUGAAGAAAAACGAGAAGCUGAACCCGUCGAAAAAAAAAAACGUGCUCCUAAACAUAGAAAACGCAAUGCUUUAGCCAAACACAGUAUGUAUGCUUGUCUUAUCCUCUCACUUGAUCUUUUAUAG